UUUUCUGCAGCAGGUGCAGCUUAUCAACAAUAAUAACGGGAUCAGCUAACGGGACUCCGGUACCUACAGACGGGAUGCACCGACUGUUGCUCGUGUUUCUGGCCGCCGCCGGGGCGUCUGUCCUCGGCGUCCUCGGGCGGAGCGUGUCCCCGGCGGCCGGGCCGUGCCUCGCCCCGCUGCAGUGGGAGGGCCGCUGGGUGCAGUACGACCACAGCACCGGCAGGAACAGACGGGCCGCGGUCUCCUACGACGGCCUGAACCAGAGGAUCCGAGUCCUGCAGCAGCACAAGAAGCACACCCCGUGUCAGAAGUUUUUCGAGUACAUCUACCUGUACCAGAGCGGGGUGAUGUUCCAGAUUGACCAGAAGACCAAAGACUGCUCAAAGAUCGCUCUGACGGAGGACUGGGAUCCCUUCGACAUCCCGUCCAACUCCACCUUCGAGGACCAGUACAUCAUCGGGGGCCCCGGGGACAACGUGGAGGUUCAGGAGUGGUCAGACAGGAAGCCGGCACGCCAACAUGAGACCUGGGUGGGCGUUUACACCCUGAAGGACUGCUACCCGGUGCAGGAGACCUACACCAGGAACAGCAGCGUCACCACCUCCACCCGCUUCUUCAGCCUGCAGCUGGGCAUCAGCGACCCGGACGUCUUCACGCCGCCCAGCACCUGUCAGUCAGCUCGGCCCGAGAGGCUGGCCGAGUCCGCCUGCUGAGGCUCGCCUUCGCCCGUAGAUACUUAACGGCACUCUGAGGCUGCGUCCGAAAUCACUCCCUCGUUACCUCGUCCGCUUCUCCUAAUACAGCAGACAAUCGGCAGUUCAGCCGCCCUCGAAUUGUGCAAAUUCAGACUGCGAAUAUGAAAUACGCCUAACGGAAACACGUCAAUUUAGGAACCAAAAAAAGUUUUUACGCUCGCAUGAGGUGGUAUUUCAGGCGAUUCG